ACUAAAAGAAGAAAAUAAAAAAUGAAACCUAUCUCUCUGUUUAUGAGUUUUCUUGUGGCCAUCGUUUUGGCAACAAGCUACAAUAUUGAUGCCUUCACCAGAAACGAUUUUCCAGAGGAUUUUCUCUUCGGAGCAGCCACUUCUGCUUAUCAGUGGGAAGGAGCUGCUGAUGAAGAGGGAAGAAGUCCUAGCGUCUGGGAUACAACCUCCCACUGUUAUAAUGAAAGUAUUGGAGGAGAUAUAGCAUGUGAUGGGUAUAACAAAUACAAGGAAGAUGUUAAGCUGAUGGCAGAUAUGGGCUUAGAAGCAUUCAGAUUCUCUAUCUCCUGGUCAAGACUUAUACCUAAUGGAAGAGGACUCAUUAACCCAAAAGGUCUAUUGUUUUACAAGAAUCUCAUCAAAGAACUGCGAAGCCAUGGAAUCGAACCACACGUUACACUUUACCACUAUGAUCUUCCUCAGUCUCUUGAAGAUGAGUACGGAGGAUGGAUCAACCGCAAAAUCAUAGAAGACUUCACUGCUUUUGCAGAUGUUUGCUUCAGAGAGUUUGGGGAGGAUGUGAAGCUAUGGACUACAAUCAACGAAGCUACAAUAUUCGCCAUUGCUUUUUAUGGCCAAGGAAGAAGGUUUGGACAUUGUACUCCUCCUACCAAUUGCUCUGCCGGAAGUUCUUGUAUGGAGACAUAUAUUGCAGGCCAUAACAUUUUGCUAGCUCAUGCCUCCGUUUCCAAUUUGUAUAAACUCAAGUACAAGAGUAAACAAAGAGGAUCCAUAGGACUUAGUAUGUUUGCUUUGGGGUUAUCUCCUUAUACAAACUCCAAGGAAGAUGAAACCGCAACUCAAAGAGCCAAAGCUUUCCUCUUUGGCUGGAUGUUGAAGCCUUUGGUAUUUGGGGACUAUCCUGAUGAAAUGAAGAGAACCUUGGGGUCGAGAUUACCGGUUUUCUCAGAGGAAGAGUCCGAGAAAGUGAAAGGAUCAGCUGACUUUAUUGGAAUUGUUCACUACAUAACAGUCUACGUCACAAACCGACCUUCACCUUCUAUCUUUCCUAGUAACACUAACGAAGCCUUCUUUGCAGAUAUUGGCGCAUAUAUUAUCUCCGCUGGGACUUCUUCACCAUUUGAUGCCACUCCAUGGGGUCUUGAAGAUGUUCUUGAGUAUCUAAAGCAGAGCUAUAACAAUCCUCCAAUCUACAUUCUUGAAAAUGGUAGAGCCAUGAAACACGAUUCUAUGCUACAAGACACACCAAGAGUUGAAUACAUUCAAGCUUACAUUGGUGCUGUGCUCAACGCCAUCAAAAAUGGAUCAGACACGAGAGGUUACUUCGUAUGGUCAAUGUUGGAUUUGUAUGAGAUAGACGGUGGAUACAAGCUGAGCUAUGGAAUGUACUAUGUGAAUUUUAGCGAACCUGGUCUCGAGAGGUCUCCAAAGCUCUCUGCUUCUUGGUACACUGGUUUUCUCAAUGGUACGAUUGAUGUUGCUUCUCAAGAUAUUACUACUCAGUUGCAAAGCAACUUCUCUGGUUCUUCUUCUCUGUAAUGUUAUGAUUUGGUUUAUUUUUUAUCUAUUCUAUGGAAAAAAAAACUCAGUGAAUUUGCAAAUGGUGUAUCUUGAUUCUAGAAUUAGUUAAACAAAUAACAACACUUGAACACA